AUGAAGGCACACGCAGUACGAAGAGUUCUUCAAGAGUUGAUCGACAUGCCUCUUGCUUCAAAUUAAGGCUUCUUCUUGUUGAUAUAAUGAGCAGAAUAGCAAAGAACGAAUACCUUUACCUUUACCUCAUGCUUGAAGGGGAGGAAGAAGCUCAUUUCCCUCCUUAGUUUUUGUGGCACUUCUUAUCCUUAUGAUCUCAUUCUCACGCUUACCACGUCACUUCUACAACAUUCACACGCGUUGGUUCUUUUUCUUAGGCUUAGUUUCCUUGGCUCAGGACCAUCUGAGGAAAUGAGCCACUGAAUGGUUCUGGUAUUUGGUAGCCUGAUUUUGAUCAUAAGGAAAAAAAGAAGAGAAUCUUUGCGAUCAAAUUCAGAGCACCAAAUACCAGAACCAUACAGCUACGGAAUAAGAAAGGAAACAGAUCAUGUUUGGAGCUACGUGCCGAACAUCUACGACGCCCUUAAGGCAGUCAGUCUGCGUUGAGCGUUGUGCGAGAUUUAUUGCAUUAUUUUCCUCUAAUGUAAGCGUAAGGACUUCGAUCCCGUGGUUGGGACUGUGGGGGAAUGUGUCAUCUGUCUCGCAGAGACCACUACUCGGGCCAACCAGAUUCUAGCCAACACGUAUUUUGCAAACUGCGCGCACGGGGGAACUAUGUGCCGGAAGUGUAUGUAUUUAUGAUGAUGCCACCGAUUCUUGAGACAAGAAGUAGAAGAGUAUGGAUCACGAUGUUUUUUCCAUCCUUGUCACGACCGACGUUGAGGCAGCAGCUGCCCCUUGUUCUACCCUUGCAAAUGUAUAGGUAGAAGGAGGGCCCCGACGGUUUGGCUAGAUGGAAAGAACGCCAUUCAUAGAAGGAAAGGGAAUGUCGUUCCACCUAAGUAAGUAAGAAGGGCCUAAAUGAGGGAAACGACAUUCCCGCGCUCGGACAAUCUCAAUCAGUAGCAUCGUUCACUACAAACCUCCAUCGAUAACCCCGGCAUGAAAAAGUGCCCAGUCUGCCGCAAAGGUCUCAACCGUGAUGCUGCAAAGGAAGCUGUGCAAAGGCAAACCCCUGACGGAGGGAGCACUCAACCGACGAGUGCCAUGCCCGGGGCCUUUGGGUUUGGUGGAGAUGGGCUACGAUUGAGACCUCACGCUGCGCGUCAAGGAUACGGAUCUCCAAAUGUAAUCCCAUAGGCCAUAGGCCACUACCGCAUAAGAAACGCAGAGUCAUCUGGGGCAACAUUUAGUGAUGGCGUCUGGUGCAAAAUUAAGUUUAAGUGAUGACAUCUGAUAAUGCACGUGGUGCAUCAAUCAUAGUGUUGUCGUCCUCUGGUGGAGAGGGAUGUAUGAACUGUAAUCUGGAAGACUACUUGUGUGCCUCUGUCCAUUCAUAGUUAGUUUUCCACUACAUUCAUCUCAUCCAUUCCACCACCGUAUCUUGUCGCCUUCCUCUAAAAAGAGAAAACACUUUCCUAGACUUGAGACUAUACAACUGGCAAUAGGUGGUAUAGGAGCAUGGUCUUAAUUUGGAAUGAACUUAACGCAUGUCGAUGCUGAGUAUGACUGAAAUAUACUUCUUGUAGUUCUUCUUCAUACAGUAUCAUUUUCUCUUACGACCUUGUUGUAUAUGUAUCUAUUUGUAAAUGUACAAGAACAACAAGGUCCCGCGUGGACGACGUCGACAAUUAUAAUUAAGUUUAGUAUCAAGACUUCAAGUUCAGACUUCGUCUUGUGGCUGGUUCGGUAUGACCACUUGAGAGUUGAGUACUGUAGACCAGGUCUGUACUGCUGUGCAAUGAAGAGUAAAAGCAAAAGCAACUACUCAUCAAGGAACUUUCCUGUUGGUCCUCAUCUAGUAUUCUCUCGCCCGUUUGCAUGUCACAAGCAUAACUAUGUAUGUUGUAACUAAGAAACAUGCAAGAACUAAUUGAUACUUGAAAUUGAAAGCGGGAAUGAGAAAGACGACUAGUCGGUGGACUAAACAAGUUAGCGCCACUUAUUUACGCUUCAAAAUUAAUGACUCUUCUUGUUAGAAGAGUUACUGCUGAUGCACCCAGGAAAUACUUCUUGGAGCAGUAGGAAACGAAAUGGUCGUGAUAACUGUUUUUUCACUCUGAAACAUGGGAAAAAAGUUUUCAUAACCGGCUAAGAAUUGAACUUGAAGUAGUUUAGAAUUUAAAUUUAUUGAGAUCUCGGAGUCGUGGAUUUAUUCUAAAUUUAUUUCACAACAGGAACGCAUACGUAUAGAGGGCGGCGGGCCCACAAGGAGGUGACUUUUGUUGUCUCCUACAGAGGAGAAGAUACACAUACAGCCGACUGAUGGUUUUGGGUGUUGUAAACAGUCUAUCAGGUAGGUACCCUAUAGGUGGUCAUGUAGAAAUCACGACAGGGGAAUACACAUGACAUGACAUGACCCAUGACCACUCGACGGCACAACCAACAUCACGGACUCAGUCAAACAAUGAGUCAAUGAAUCAACCAAUCACGAU